UUAGUCAACACAAAAGAAUGGGUUUCACCUAUCGAGUGUUAUCACAGUUAAUAGUUCCCUUGGUCAACAAUAAUUAUACGUUACAUACAAGUAUUUGACAAAAAAUUCACAUUUUACUAGGCGAAAUAUAUUUAGAAUAAGUUAGAAUGUUCAUUUAUCAGCUUUUGAUUAUUUCUGUUGUAUUAGGAUUAUCCGAGAAUAUGGAAUGUAGAGUAAACUUUGAGACGACGACAUCUGAAUUCAUAUUUAUUACUUGCCAGAUAAAACAUUUCUCAGCUCAGCAAACAUACAGUGUUAAUGUUACGUCCAAUAGCACCAGGUGGGACGAUGCACAAACAACAAAACUGAAGUGUACUUCUCUUGACGACUACUGGCCAGUAACAUGUUUGUUGAAAGUCAACACCACGAAAUUACACUCAGGUUUUUAUGACAUCGAGAUUAUUGUUUCAGCAGACGUGAACAAUUCUAAGAGUGUUGAAGUGGAUAGUUAUGGCAUCCAAAUCUAUGUUCCAAUUGAGCCUCAAACUCCCGAGUGUAAGAUACCUAAUUACAAUAAUGUCUGUUCCAUGAAUCAAAAAGAUCGGAUAGAAAGUUCAUAUAUUUCGUGUGUAGCAGCUGUACCAUUUGCAAAAGUGAACUGCAGCAUGAUCGACACAUCUAAGUCUACGAACGUCACCAUUACGAGUUAUGAAGCCAAACCAUUAUUGGUAUAUCAGAAUGGUAUAUACACCUAUACCGCCACGUGCGAAAUACCAUUCAAUGCGACAAUGUUAGCAGAUGGUCUAACUAUCAACAUCACUUAUUCUCAAGUCACUGAUUACGACAAUACUUCCCUGGUAUCAUAUUCUUCUGCAAGUUUCUCUUUCAGGUGUCCAAAAGUAUUAAACUUCACAGUCAACGCUAGCCCAGAAGGUGUUUGUGUAAACAUUGGUGAAAACGUGACUUUUCGUUGUGACUCUGAUAUGUCUCCACCUUCAGACAGAAUAGCUCUAUCACAUGGUUAUACAACAUCCAAUUUUCAAGGCAAAGACAUCACGUUGACCAUUAAAGAUGUGUCUGAUUACGGAAAUUACAUGUGCUCUGUAGGAUAUUCACCUUAUCUUUUAAAAAAGUCAGUGUACGUAGUCGCGCCAGAGAAGGCAUUAAGGAGAAACCAACAUACAUUCUACGAGCUGCAUUAUACUAGCAAAAAUAAUGACACGGCAUUUGUACUGAUUGGAGUAACCGGAUGUCCCGAGCCCACCACAAUAACAGUCUUAGAGAAGACGGACGAGGAUGUCAAAGAAUCGAACGCAAGAAUUCUAACCAAGGGACUUCUAGUGACAUACACAAGAGAUCCUACAUUGACCUGGUCACCAAUAGUGCAGUACAAACUGUCAGGAAAUAUUAAUGUCACUUUUUUAAAUAAAGACAUGACGGAUAAUUUACCAGAAUACAGUUUGAAUGUUAAUAAUGGGAUCUCUUAUAGUUUCAUUGACUUUGGAGUUUAUAAUUCAGAUGCUCUCCAUCUCUCUCACAGCACUGCAGUUUGUUUACUGUGUGUAGUCAUCAUACAAGCUUUAUUGUAUUAACAACCAGGUUUUGUGCCAUGCAAAUGUUAUAUCCUAAAAACAACGUUGUAUAUAAUAUGUAUAGUUAUUACAAAUGUUUAUUAAAAUUUGCAUUUGAUAACUUAAAGACUAUCCAUUUUUAUUCUUUAUUGUUUAAUAUCUUACCAUGAAUCGGUCUAAUAGCUUCUCUGCAAUAUACAGACAUUUAGAGUGGACUUAAUGUAUACAUAACUUAAUUAAAUAGUUUUUUUUAGCUAUGCAAUAGUAGUAAUCAAGACACACUUAUAAAUUAGCAAUUCUUUGACUAUAAAAAUUAAAUAAAUAUGUCCUACAGCCU